CCCCUCCCGGCCGCUUCCCACUUCCAAGAUGGCCGCGGGUGGAGCCGACCAGUUUCUCCUUGGACCAAGAUGACUGAUGGAAACCUUUCCACCUCUACAAAUGGUGUAACCUUAGUGGGCGUUCUGGGCGGUCGGCCAGGAAACCACAUUCAGAACCUUCAGAACUCGGCUCUCCAGGCGCCCGGCUCCCUCCCGCCGCCCGGGGCAUCCGAGGAGCGGCAUAGCCUGAAGUCGGUGGACUCGGGCAUCCCUACGCUGGAGAUCGGCAACCCGGAGCCCGUGCCCUGCAGCGUGGUCCACGUGAAGAGGAAGCAGUCCGAGCCAGAGCUCGUCCCCGAGCGAGCCUUCCAGAGCGCCUGCCCCCUGCCAUCUUGUGCACCCCCGGCCCCCCCCAGCCACGAGCGGGAGCAGGGCGUGCGGAAGUCCUCCACCUUCCCCCGGACAGGCUACGACGCAGUGAAGCUCUACAGCCCCACCUCCAAGGCGCUGAGCCGCAGCGAUGACGUCUCCGUCUGCAGCGUGUCCAGCCUCGGCACAGAGCUGUCCACCACGCUGUCCAUCAGCAACGAGGACAUCCUGGACCUCGUGGUCACGAGCAGCUCCAGUGCCAUCGUGACACUGGAGAACGAUGAUGACCCCCAGUUUACUGAUGUCACCUUGAGCUCCAUCAAGGAGACCAGCAGUCCACUCCAGCGGGACUGUGUUGAUGAAAGCGAGGAGGGGAGUAAAUUUAAAAUACUGGGACCAUUCAGUAAUUUCCUUACAAGGAAUUUGCUUGCUAGAAAACAAAAUGCAAGACUUGAAAAACAAAAUGACUUGGGAUGGAAGUUAUUUGGAAAAGUACCACUCCGGGAGAAUGCUCAGAAAGAUUCAAAGAAAAUUCAAAAGGAAUGUGAAGACAAGGCUGGACGACCCAGCAGGCCGCCCUCCCCGAGGCAGAGUGUGAGGAAGAAUCUGGACUUUGAGCCGCUCUCCACCACCGCGCUCAUCCUGGAGGACAGGCCCGCAAAUCUCCCAGCGAAACCAGCUGAAGAAGCUCAGAAACACAGGCAGCAGUAUGAAGAAAUGGUGGUUCAGGCCAAAAAACGAGAGCUGAAGGAAGCCCAGCGGAGGAAAAAGCAGCUGGAGGAAAGAUGCCGAUUAGAAGAAAGCAUUGGAAACGCUGUUCUUACUUGGAACAAUGAGAUUUUACCCAACUGGGAAACGAUGUGGUGCUCUAGAAAAGUUCGAGAUUUGUGGUGGCAGGGUAUCCCUCCAAGCGUGAGAGGCAAAGUCUGGAGCUUGGCCAUCGGGAACGAGUUAAACAUCACCCACGAGCUCUUUGACAUCUGUCUCGCCCGAGCCAAGGAGAGGUGGCGGUUCCUCAGCACGGGAGGCUCUGACGUGGAGAGUGAAGAUGCUGGUUUUUCAGCAGCAGACAGAGAAGCCAGUCUUGAGCUUAUUAAACUGGACAUUUCUAGAACGUUUCCUAAUCUCUGCAUUUUCCAGCAGGGUGGUCCGUAUCAUGACAUGUUGCACAGUAUUUUGGGCGCUUAUACUUGUUACCGACCGGAUGUGGGUUAUGUUCAGGGCAUGUCCUUUAUAGCAGCAGUGUUGAUUUUGAACUUAGAUACUGCAGAUGCCUUUAUUGCUUUUUCUAACCUUUUGAAUAAACCAUGUCAAAUGGCGUUUUUCCGAGUGGACCAUGGCCUUAUGUUGACUUAUUUUGCUGCAUUUGAGGUAUUCUUUGAAGAAAACUUGCCGAAAUUAUUUGCUCAUUUCAAGAAAAACAACUUAACUCCAGACAUCUACCUAAUUGAUUGGAUCUUUACCUUGUAUAGUAAGUCUCUGCCGCUCGACCUGGCCUGUCGGAUAUGGGACGUGUUCUGUCGCGACGGGGAGGAGUUUCUGUUCCGCACGGCCCUGGGGAUCCUCAGGCUGUUUGAGGACAUCUUGACCAAGAUGGACUUCAUCCAUGUCGCCCAGUUCCUCACCAAGCUGCCCGAGGACCUGCCCGCGGAGGAGUUCUUCACCUCCAUUGCCUCCAUCCAGAUGCAGAGUCGAAACAAAAAGUGGGCCCAGGUGCUGACAGCGUUGCAGAAGGACAGCCGGGAGCUGGAGAAGGGCAGCCCGUCCCUCAGGCACUGAGGCCGCAGGUUGGCGCUCGCACGGCGCCCUGUCCUUUCAGACUGAAGUGCUGGCAGCGGAGACGAGCAGGGACCACUUUCGUGUUCAAUUCCUGGCACUGGAGUCGGCCUUAAACAAAACAAACAAAAACAAACUGAGAGAAUCACAG